AUGCGCAGCAGCGAAUCAGACUGCACGAGUAUGGCCAUCAUGAGUUCCAAUAAGGUUUUGGCGCAUCGUUAUAACGCCGUGGGGUAUGCGCGUGUGCCUUUCGCGCGCUCGCUCGGCGUGUCGCGCGGUCUCUUCGUGCGAGAUGGGCAACUCUCGCGACGUGAUUCCACCGGCUCCGCUGAGGCUCUCAGCAUGACUGCCGCCCGACGCCGCCCCACGGCGGGCCGCUUAAGCGCCCCUGAAGAACGCGGCCCUACGCGGGAGGGCGGUGCGCCGGAGCCUCCCUCGGCCAAUAACGGCUUCGGUGCAGAA